AUGUCCUCCUCUUCAACUGCCAGCACAAAUUUCACAGUUACUGAGGGCAACGGGACCGGAUCUGGAGUUAAUCUGGGCAUGUUUUCUUUGUCUGCUGUUAUAGGCAAUGUGGUUGUUAUUUCACUUGGCAUCAUCACCUGCUCCAUUAAUGCUUCAAUGGUUCACACAUUCAACAAACAUCAAAUCUUCAGGUUCAACCCUCGCUACAUCCUUUUCAUCCACUUGGUGCUAAACGAAACACUCCAGAUGACAGUCAGCGUGUCCCUCUACUUCUUAGCCCAUGUCUUCCACACCGUCUAUGUCUCRCUGUGCAUGCUCAUCCUCCUGCCGACUGUUCUCACCACCAUGAACACUCCGGUGAAUCUGGCCUGCAUGGCAGCAGAAUGUUACAUCUCCGUCUGCAUCCCCCUUCGAUAUGACAGUAUAUGUACUGUUAAGAAAACCUACAUUGUCAUUGGCAUUAUGUGGGUGAUAAGCUUGCUCACUAUUCUACCUGAUWUCUUUAUUCUUUUCAUUACUGAAGAGCUGCUUUUUUUGAAAACAAGAGUUUUCUGUGAUAGGGACAGAGUGUUCAGAAGCAGCUACAGUAAAAAUAAGAGAGAUGCGUCCCAUAUAUUUUUUCUGGUGGUGGUUUGUCUSACUCUGUUCUACACUUAUUUAAGAAUUUUGUUUGUGGCAAAAGCUGCAAGUUCACGUGCUAAAAAAGCAAGAAACACAAUUCUGCUUCAUGGUUUUCAGAUGUUGAUGUGCAUGACGCUGUAUGUGCAAACUUUGCUAAAGCAGCUCCUCACAGACUUGUUUCCUGGGCAGACGAUUUACAUACAAAAUGUCACUUUUGUGUUGAUCCAGAUCAUUCCWCGCUGUCUAAGUCCCGUUGUUUAUGGGWUAMGAGACAAAACUUUCAGAAUGUACUAUAAAAAAUACUUMMUGUGUUUCCAAGUAAAAGCAAUAAAGGCACAACCCUAA